GCCUUAAUUGCAAAAAUCUUCUCUGAACUCGAUACAAAAAGCUGCGUGUAGAAAAUUCUGCUUCAGUUUAGUUUGUUACACAAUAGCGAGAGCAGUGCAGCUGUUAAAGGUACGCGACAUUGAGAAACGAGAGCUGCAUACGAGUCAACUUCCAGGCACUGCGGAACAUGUUACACCUUUAUUUUGCAUACGGCAGCAACAGUUACCAUCGUACGCCGCAGAAUAUUUAGCUGGCACAGCUACUGGAGGGCACAGCGGAGAGCAAACUUUAUUAUGCGCGGUCAAGCAAAAUAUUCAUGGUGCGAUUAUCAGCGUUCUGUAGCAAGAAUUUCUAACUGAAUAUUAUGGAAUCGGUUCUUUUCAGAACUAUAGAUGCUUGAAGAUAAGAGUUAUGAGAUUUUUCGCAACUGCUUCUAGUGUAAAAUUUUCAUGUAUUCAUGCAUCGUUACCCGACCAACCACUCUUUAAGUUUCUUCAUGAAACGAGAACAAUCGCUAUCGAUUAGUUUCGAACCAAUAUCGAUUGAUUUCAAUUGUUGUCGUUUCAUAAAGGUGCAUAAAGAGUGGUUGAUCGGGUAGUUUUAAAAUAACGACUACCGAAAAUAAACGGUAGUGUUGCCUAUGAACGGUUUAGCGCAGUAUAUAAUAUUGUCCUUUCACAAAAAAAUUAGAAUGCAAGGUAUUUUUAAGUUUGUCUUGAUCGAGCAAAGAAUAUCUAUUGAGAGUGUGGAAUGAUAACGUCUAGUUCGGAUGACAGUUGGAAGUAUAAUAAAGUUUAUUGAAUGCUCUCUUUUUAAUAGAUUGCUGUGUUGAACACAGCUGGGUCGCAGCUUACUAAUUUCCAAUACUCCUUCUUAAGCUGCUGACCUCAGUUGAGUAACCCAUUGUUGCUCGAUUGCGUUCGAGUUUGACACGUUGUAAUGCUUUUGUUAGACCAUCUGCUACUUGCUCAUCAGUCUUGACGUAGUUCAGCGAAACAAUAUUCCGAUCCAGUGCAUCACGUAUAAAAUGGUGCCGGAUAUCGAUGUGCUUCGUUCGUGGUGUAUAUCCGCCGUUUCUUGCAAUGCAAAUCGUGCUCUGGUUGUCACACCGUAAUUCGAUUGGGUCAUCUUGACCGAACUGCGACACCAGUCCUCGCCACCAUGACGCCUCUUGUACCGCAGCAGAUAGGGCCAUGUACUCCGCUUCGCAGGUUGAUAGUGAUACGGUGGUUUGACGCCUACAGCUCCAAGAUACUGCUCCGCCUUGCAUGACAAACACAUAUCCACUCGUAGAUCGUCUGUCGUCGAGAUCGGAUGCCCAAUCCGCAUCGGUAUAACCUAUCAGCUUUGAAUCGCCGGUUACAGAAUACUGCAACAUCAUCUUCGAUGUACCUUUAAGGUACCGGAAAAUAUGCUUAACGGCUUCCCAGUGUCUCAGUCCAGGAUUCGUAUUGAAUCGACUCAUUAGGUUCACGGCGAAAAGGAUGUCUGGUCUGGUGCACUGUGCCAAGUACAUCAAACACCCAACAGCCUCCUGGUAUGAAAUCACUUUCAUUCAUUCAAUCUCUUCCGGUGUCUGCGGUGCUAAUUCUUUCGUGAGCUUUUCUGCAGCGUUCAUUGGAGUAGUAACAGCCUUCGCAUUUGACAUGUUGAAUCGACGCAAGAUGGAAUCAAUAUAAGCCUCCUGGUCCAGCGACACUGAACCUUCCGCUCGGGUAACACGAAUGCCCAAGCAGCUCAUCACAGGUCCCAAGUCCUUCAUUCGGAAGGUACUGCUGAGCUUUGCCUUGAUAUCGUUCUCAACUGCUUCAUUGUUAGCAAAUAUCAGCACGUCUUCAACGUACACCGCAACAAACACAGUCUUUCCAUCUUGGAUCCAGUAAUAUAAGCACGGGUCGUAAUCGGAUUUUAUUAGCCCCAUCUUCUUCGGCGCGGCGUCCAGUUUGGCGUUCCAAACUCUGCUGGAUUGUUUGAGUCCAUAGAGUGCCUUGUUCAAGCGACACACAAAUUGAGAGUGUGGAAUGAGAACGUCUAGUUCGGAUGACAGUUGGAAGCAUAAUAAAAUUUAUUGAAUGCUCUCUUUUUAAUAGAUUGCUGUGUUGAACACAGCUGGGUCGCAGCUUACUAAUUUCCAAUAAUAUCAUAUUCAUCAUUAAAGGCAUGUACGAUUUAUUGCCAUCAGCGAUGGGCACCAUUUCGCCUAUUUUUAGAUCGGUUAGUGAAUAUGAUACGACAACAUCGGGUACGGGUUUGUUAGAGUUCGCAUGCUUUUGGCGAUUUGAUGUAUUUAUCACAACAAUGCCAUGAUAUAUAAAAUAAAAGUCGUGGGACAACUAUGUCUAUUAAGCUCAAUUUUGAAGAUGCAAGAGACAGACAUAGAAACGAUGCGCUGUACACUUUUGCGGUACUGGAAAACAUUUAUGUUAUCUCAGGAAACAAAUUUUCAAAAAAAAAAUCACAGGAGGGUUGUGUGCAAAGCCACGACCGCAAGGAUGAAGUAGAAUACUUUUACAAGAAAGAUAACCCGGCUGCUUACGUGUCAGUCAUUUUUUCUAGUAAAUAAACUUUGACUAAUCAGAUCAAUCGAAUUUUGCGCUUCAACAAGGAUUGACCAUUUUUAAUAAUAUAGUAAGUUGCUUGUCAUGGUUGGGGCUUGACCGCUUGACCAUUUUUAAAUUUUGAGAUGAAAUUUUUUCGGAUGUCUUGCUCAUGACUGAAGGAAAAGAUAAUUCAGUACGUUUUGAGACACGGAGAUGAAGUAAAAUUUAUUACUUUUACAAAUUUAAAAAUGUUAAUUACCUCAUUAGAAAAUAUUAACUCUUCAAUCAAGUUUUUAUUUCAUCCUGAAAAGGACAAUUUGUUGUUCAUUUUACUAUCGGAUAAUAUGCCGAUCACAUCUUUGCGUUAUCACUGACAGUGCGAAUAAAGUAUUCCUUGUGAUAAAAUAAACAGUGAAAAGCUGAUUUAACACUUCAAACUAGACGGCUCACGUGUUGUCAAAAUGAGUCAACUUUUCAUUGAAUGUAUUUACUAAUGCCCACUAUCACAUAGAGACUUCAUUUCACUAAAGUGCCUCACUGCAACUAGUUCGCUAUCCACAGCCAUGCCACAAUUGUGGCCGCUAUACGCUACCAUUGGUAUCCACUGUCCCUGCAUCAGCUGGCCCAGCUGCUAUCGUUGCUGGAAUCCGCUCGCUACCCAUUGCUACGCCACAGCUUUGGCCGCUUUCCGCCAUCGCUGGUAUCCACUGCACUGUUGUCGCUGUCUAGAACUAUUAUGAGCGGCUUCGGCUGAAACAGGCUCUUAUAUAGGCCAAAUAGCAUGUUUCAAAUUGCAAGGUAUAUGAUUCUGUCGACCGUGCUUGAGAAGCAAUCAUAUAACGACCAAUCAGAGGUCGAAUUUUUCGUUUUGACAAGGCUUGACUAUUUUCAAUAGUACAAUAGUGUGAAUAAUAAAACUACAAUUAUCUUCUUUUUGGAAGAAUCUUAGAAGAUUUUCCAAUCUAUUGCUGCAAGAACGAAGGAAUUCCAUCGAAUACUAACCGAUUUAUUAGCAUUUGAAAUUGGACAUAUUUUUCACUUUUUUCGGUUUUAGAUUUUCAUUUCACAUCCCUAUGUAGCCGAACUUCCUGAGAGAAGUAUUCUACUUCAAAAAAGACUUUCUGAAGCACAGGAAUUGUAGAAAACCAACAGAAGUUAUGGGAAAACUAGGCCUUUGAAUUUCGUUUAGCGGUAGGGCUCAGAAGCUUCGGUUUUUCGAAAAAUGUCCUCAAUGGUAAAAAUAAAUUGAAGCUGAGAGAGUUUCCCAGCUUCAAAAUAUAUAAAUAUUUUUUUAACCACAAAAGAUCAAAAUAAUGGUCGCAGUGGUCCAAAUCUUACAAAAAAACACUAGAUUCUAACGUUUAUUGCAUCUCUAAGGAAUUUGGCAUCACAUUUUUUUUUGUAAUUGAACAUUUUUUCAUUAGUAGAAAAGUAUAAUUUCACCCGCACGACUUCCCGAAGUCCGAUUGUGCUGAAAUUUAGAAUAGUGACUUCUUUCGAGAAGACGAAACUCUUGAGCCGUACCUCUAAAUCCCUGAACGAAAUUCAGAGGUCUUUUUCCCGUAUAUCUCAUCGACACAUUUUUUUGUUGAGGUUUUAACCGGCGGUCAUUUACCAGUCAAAAACUAUGUAUGUGGACGAUGAAUUACAAUUAGUUUAUUCGUAGAACAUUCUGAUUGCAAGCCAUAUCAAUGCGGCUCUGCUGCAUAGUCGGGGGCAACACUCAGGUAACUAGACUAGCAAAAUUCAUAAGGCUCGCCUUAUGAAAUAGCAAAAUUAGGGAAAACUGAGAAUUCAUACGGCAAACAUGAAUUACAUACGCUACCCAGGAUUUUUUUUACACCUACGUGCGAUUUUCUUACGUCAUACAUUGGAUUUUCAUUGCCAUGCCUUAUGAAAUUCAUUGGUGCUGCUUGAGUGAAAAAGUUAUAAGAAAGGCGUAUGUAAAAGCAAAAAUGGCGUCCACCACUAUCGACGAACUAAAGCUAAUUGCGGAUUUGUUGAACGGUGCACCAGGAGUCGAUCUGGAAUUAUUUCGACGAGCGAAAAUCACUACAAUCCAGCUACUAACAUUCACGGAAGAGGAGCUGUUGACCUCAAUCGGAGUACAACCAGAGGUUGACACGCGACAGUUAUGGUCCUGGAUAGAUCUACAUAACGUGACACUAGUUUCGGAAAAGGUAGAUUCGAUUCAUGCGGGCGUUGAGAAUCAUCCACAAGCCGAGCAACCAACAGAAGACUCUGAAACCGAGGAAGGUAUAUUUAUAACCAAAGGUCCGCCUCCUAGCUCAACAGAGUGUUUUGACCUCAGUACAGUAACGAGAUUGAAACAGAACACAUCACAAGAUCUUGACGAAGAAAGCGAAGACCUCGUAGCGCUUUCUUGUGAAGACAUAACACGUCACUACGAGAAUUCAAGAGCACUUAACAGUAAUCAGAAAGACGACAAUGAUCCAUCAAACGAGCCGUAUCCAAGUGCUGGUCGUGCCUCCUUUCAAGCAUCAGCUGCGAAGCUCCACAAGAAGAAAGCGCACCGAUUUUGAUUCCUUCAUCUCGUCGGCUCACUCCUGAUUUAUUGAAGCAGCUUUUAAAACAAUCUAUUUACGGCAAACAGUUGUUGCAGACAGCUGAAACGUAUAGCCUGUCCGAUGCCGGUAGAAAGCUCGUUGUCGAUACCGUAGCUAUAAGAUACCAUUUAACUCUGAACCGUAAGACAUCGGCCGAGGCAGUCGAUGAUUUGAGCGACGUUAUCGUGGGGUUAUUUACGAAGAAAAAAAGGAGACGUAUUACAUGCCAAAAGCAAAAAGAGAAGCAGCACAUUUCACCUAACGGCAAUAGUAUCGAGUCCGUAGAAUUUUUGCCAGGAGUAGUAUCUGCAACAACCUGGCUGGAAUUGAACAAAUUGCCAUGGAUGACUGUCUUGUCGCAGUGGGAGGUUAGUUUUCCUGCUAGACAAGCUUCUUUGCGACAACACUCGAAGGUCAGUCACAUUAUCCACAGUUUCCCGCACCUGGCCGAGGAAUUCGGAUACCAGCUGUUGGACAUUGAUUACCGGAAGCAAAUCCUGGGAAAUCCGGCAGAUCCUUCCAAGAAGCGGAGUUUAUUGUUUGAGCCUAUCGCACAAUAUAUCAGCAAAAACACCAAAGAUCCGUCUGCCAAAGAUUUAUGCCGUGGCCUCAAAGAAAA